CUAGUCUAAUCGCGUACUCCGUGACCGAAGCUUCCCCAGAAGGCUGCAUCGUCUCAGGAUCGCCAUUUUAUGUGUUUGGCUCUGAGACUGGGACGGUGGGUGCGUGCGGUGCAUACUACAGAGCGUAUUCCGUGCAUUAUCUGCAAGAUGUUACCCAAAUACUUUGCGCCGGACAUGUACAAGUAACGACAGGUGUUGGAGUGAGUGGAUCGGGCAGCGAAGGCUCGGGCCGAAAUGGUCCCGGAAUAGUGAGCUGUGCGUGAGUGUGUUUUCAUCGAGUUGUGCGUCGCACUGGCUUUUCACUGCUGUCACCGUUUGUUAAUACCUGUGCCAUUCGAAAACUCGGCUUUGGGUCAAAUUACGGACGGCCUCUGGAUUCCUUGCGACACCCUCGUCACCAUCUACGAUGAGUUCGCGCAACAUACCCUCAGACAAGAUAAACCUACGCCUCAUUCUUGUCAGCGGUAAGACAAAAGAGUUCCUAUUCAGUCCGAGCGACUCUGCGGGGGACAUAGCGCACCAUGUGUUUGAAAACUGGCCGGAAGACUGGGCGGAAGAGGCAGUCGCUAAAGCGGAGAUCCUGCGGUUAAUCUACCAGGGUCGUUUUCUGCACAGCAAUGUCACGCUCGGUGCUCUUGGGCUUCCUUUCGGGAAAACCACGGUGAUGCAUCUGGUCCCACGAGAGAAUCUUCCCGAGCCUAAUUCUCAAGAUCAGAGGCAAAAAAGUAAAGGCGGAGGAAGUAGUUGCUGUUCAGCUUCCUGUUGCAUACUUUAAAAAACAAACAUACAAACAAAAAGAACAAAGAAACAAAAAAAAAAGAGAGAGGUGAAAUAAAACAUUGUCGGCUGCCCUGGAUAUAUUUUAAAUGGUCGUACCGUGUGAGAGCCAGCACACGUUCAGGCUGAGCCAUGGUUUCUAAGGUUUCGAUGCUGGUGUAUCAUCGUUUUAGUGGCUGAGCUCGUGAGCAGUGUAGCAACACGAAAUCGUCGCACCCUUCCUUUUUUUCCCCACCCCCCUAGAUCCACGUGAAAAAUAAGAAGAGGUGUUUACACCUACGACACAUAUAUAGCAAACGAGAGAGCACACGUUGGUCACCGUCCCAGGUGAACGAUUCGAUCGAUCAUCAUCGUUGUCCUCUUGUACCUUGUGUGGAAGGAUAAUAAAAAGCAGGAUCUAAUCGUGUCGCGUUGAAACUCUUCGAUAAAAGAGACAUAACGCGUUCAGAGCCAAACCCAUAAUACACAGCUGUCCGUUUUGUUCGCUGUUACCAUGUACUUGAUCGGUGUAUUCACACUGAAAAUCUAUUUAUGACCGUCGACUCACGACAGGAGACUGGUCGUGGUUCGUUCCAGGAUGUCCGAUGAGCUCGUUCAAGUAUGCCUCGAGACACAUCAAGCACGACAGUCUCCUGUAGUUAAACGUAAACGAUUAAUUCUCUAGUAAGAUGAAAAUGUUAUUAUUAUUUGUUUUUCUUUUUUUCUUCUUUCGUUCGACAGAGAGAUUAGAACGUAGAGCCUUUCGAAGGGGAUGAAAGCUCUCUUGAACGGCGCUACAAUGCUUAGAAACUCAACCACUAUCCGACUACCGCAGCGUUAAAUAGUAAUUAUUAAUUGUAGACGGGAUAUCGCGUGUGUGUUGUGCAAGAAGAAUGACUGAGUCGCGUUUGAAAGAUCGAGGAAGAGAGUAAAAAUUUAUGUUGUGAUAUGCAGGUAGUGAAUAUAUUAUAUAUAUACAAUACUAUUAUUAAAAUUAUAUAUUAUAUAUAUGAACAAAAAAAAAAGGUAUAUAUAUAUAAUAUGGGUAUGAGACAUGUUGACAGACAGUUUAAACUCUCAUACACGAUAGACUUUAUUAUCAUGAAUUUAAAGUAAUAUUAUGACGCCACUUUGAGAGUUUAGUAUUCUGGAUAAGAUUGCAGAGGAAAAGAACAUUGGAUCUCUAAUGGUAGUUAUGAUUAAAUAAAAAAGAAAAAGAAAAAAAACUCAAAUAUAUCUCCUGUUAAAUCCUUUUUUUUAUCCGAAAAACACAUCCCUUCUCCGAUUAUCCUUCUUUCACCUCUCUUCUCCUCACCUUUGAUCACGUCCACCCUUCAACCUCCUUUCUUUUUUAAUAACCCUUUAUUCUGUUUUCACCCGUCCAUUUUCAAUCGGUCGGGCCUAGGAUCGUGAUUUCGUCGACCCAACGAUCAAUCCACGUUUACCGGCAAUUGCCGAAAUCGCGAGUAUUGAUUACAGUUAGGUCCAACCAAACCAUUUUACGAUAAGUUGUAGCCUAUUCUAUACUCAAAACUAUACUACUGUAAUUAAUUACUAUGACUCUUACCAAUGCAUAAUACGUGUAUAUAAUAUAUAUAUAUAUAUAUAUAUACAUAGAUAUAUAAUGUUCUUACAUAGUGAAAUUCAUUGGAAUUCACGAUUGUCGAAGUUUAUUUAAUUUAUUUCGCACGAAACAUCGGCGAACAAUGUUGUACACCUGUUUGAAAUCGUCGAUAUCUGCUUGACCUCGUAAACCUGUGUAAAAAAAAAAAAUAAUAAUCGUCUUUCCCUGACAGAAACAAGAAAAUUAAUCAUGAAUACGAAAUGUUUCUUAAAUUGUUUCCAAGUAUUAUCGAUAAGAUGUUGAGUGAUAUCGAACGAUUAUAAAAAUGUAGAUGUAAGAUAAAGAAAAGGAAAAAAGAAAUGAUAUGAAAAUCACACUAUCGGAUACGUAUAGUUUCUCUUCUUGCUCAAAUACACCGAAUAAUAUUUAUUGAUUUAUUAUUAAAACAUACUCAGUCUCUGUUUUUACGAAAUGAACAAUUGGUGUUAUCGAGUACAUGCAGAUACGAGAUAAUAGGUUUAUGGGGAUGGCUAGCAGUAUCAUUUUUUUUUUUUUAAUUUUAUUAUUUUCCUCUUAAUUAGCGGUCAAUUUUUAUUAAUCGUUGUAUCGAGAACGUCGCUGCCUUCCGUUUAUUCGUCCUUCUCUUUCUCUUCUUAUUUCUUUUUUCUCUCUUUUUAAACAAUAGAGAUUAAGAGGUAGACUUUAUGAACGCUGUUUAUAAAAGUAACAUGAAACUUGUUUAGCGCGUAAGUUCUAAAAGAAAAAAAAAAUUGCGAACGAACAAACACAUCACGUUACGAAUAUACAUGGACUAUCAUCGGGAAUAAAAUUGUCUUCGCGGAAUGACGAGGAUCAUAUGCAAAUUUUGUUGCGUACAUAUGUAAUCGUCUGAUUAUAACAAUCGUUCGAUCACCGGAUAGACGAACAAUAUAAAAGAAAAACAAUGAAAAAAAUGCUGCUCUGUAAUAAGUUUAUUGUACAGUUCCUUUGACGUUACAAUAUUACUUUAAAAUCUUGCGGAAGAAAAUGUAGGAUGAAUGAAACGUUGUUCGAAACGUAUGCUAGAUACAAGAAGCGGUCGUCGUCGAAGCUCUCUCUGUUCGUCGCGCGUGUAGAAAUCAUUAAUUACGUUUACACGAAUCAUUCGACAAAUUUUAUCCACCUUUCAUCUGUCAUGGGUUAUUUUUCAAACGUGUGACACGAUGAAAUCGAGCGCGAUUACGCGCGGUGUUGGAAGAAAAGGAUCCUUGAAUUCUUUUCUUUUAACACUGUAUAAAUAUACAGGAUGUUCUAGGUUUUAUAUUCAAAUGUAUUCCAAAAAGAAAUAAAAUAUGAAAUGAAUUGUUAUUAAAUAACAAACACAAUGAAGUUUUGGGAUACUGCGUUGGAAUUAGGACAUCGUUGCCCUUAUUUUCAAUCGUGAUAAUUUCUUGUGAAAAACCUGAGACACCCUGUAUACAUAUCCUUUGUAUAAAAUUGUAGAGAGCACGCCACGAUACGCCAUCUUUUCUCGAGAAAACAAUUUUCCACCAUCGUUAUAGUUCCCCUUCACAUUUUAUCCGGGUCUAUUUCUCUCUGUAUCUAUGAUAGUUGUCCGUUCUUUUCUUUGACCAUUGCUAAAUUGAUCUCACCGAAUGUUGCACACACACCACGAGCUGUAUAACAAUGAGGAACAAAGUAAGAAAACGCCAUGGAACUUCCGAGGAAGGGGGGGUAAUUUUAACGUGCUAGUGUAUUAUAUUAAACUAUACGCCUGACUCUAUUUGCUGUUUAAACGAGGAAGAUGAUGAACUUAAAUGAAAAUAAAAUGGUAUUCUUAAAUGCAAGAAAAAAAAGGUAAUAAUAAUGAUGAUAAAUAAUAAUAAUAAAUAAUAAUACUAAAACAGUCUACGAGGAAUAUAAUUACACACAUCAUAUCAAAAUUCUAGCGGAUAAGAAUCAAAUCAUUAUACAUACAUAGAUUUAUUUGUACACGCGUUUCGAUGAGCUAUUGUACGCCCAUACCAUACCAUCAUUUCUAUGUACAAUACGAACGUACAAAAUCUUUGAUUCUUCAUCGACAUCAUCACGUGCAUCAUACACGAGCAAACGAACGGAUUUAGCGGGUCAUUAUGGUACCAUAUAAUGGGCCGCGAACGAUCCUCGUUACGAAUUUACGUAAAAUGAGAUGAUUACGGGUUUUCAUUGCACGGUCAUGCGAGAAACGAGAAACGGUCAUGUUGAAAUUUCAAAUUGUUUUGUUAAACAAAUGGUGCGCGUUGUGUCGACAACCUGGAAGUAUAGUUUAUACGAUACUAGUGUGAAAUGUACAAGUUGAUUGAAAAAGGGGGUUUCAGGAAUCAUUAAAUUUAUCAAUAAAUAAUGGUUUCAAUGAACCAUUUAUGGAACUAAAUUCAAUGAUCCUGAAACCUUUCUUUCGAUGUACUCUGUAUAGAUAAGCUUUGUUUAACGAGGAAGAGAAGAAAACAAAAAUAGGCGGCCAAAGAGUAAACAUAGCCGUGGCAAGUUUUCCGUUCGCCAUACGAAAGCUUUGUAAUCAAUUCAGUUUACUUUGGGAAAAGAGGUUCAAUCAAAUAAUCGUGCUCAUAUUGGCAUUUCUCAUCUUGGAUAUAGAGCAUUGUUAUCGCUAGUCGGACAGAUUUUAUCGAUCACGAGAGAGAAACGUUAUUGAUGAAUCAACGAAGAGAAUGAUAAUAUAAAGCAGCCCCCGUGUUAUAAAAUGCAGAUUACGAAAUACGUUAUAAUAAUUUUAUCGCUGCUGGCAGACGCAGUAGAUCGUGUAGAAAAACGAGCAAGUAGAAAAAUCAAAAUGAUAAUAAACGAUGAUCAUCUUCAACAAUAAUUACGGAUAAUCGAAAUCCGUGUAAAUAGAAUUAUUUAACGCUUUGAUGACUAGUUUAAUGUAUUCGUGAUUUCUAUACGUAAUAUUUUACUUUAUUACUAUCGAUAUUAUUAAUUGUUUACUUGUAAUUUGAAAAUUAGUAAUUUUGUGGUAUACGGUAUCGAACAAAGUAGACUUCUCCUGGGAAAAAAUGGCGAUACAGGGGAAAUAAAAACUCUUAAACUCUUCAUUUUUACGAUAUUAAUAUUAAAAGUGAUUUAGUAAACAAAAUAAUGUAAUCUUUAAUCAUCAAAUUUCAUAAAAUUUAGUAUAUAAUUAAAAAAUGUGGAGAAUAACAUGAAUAUUAAUUCAAGUUUCACUGCGCAACCGUUCGUGCGCAGAUGGCGGGAGGCUGCAGCCCAUAUAAGUAAGCGGGGCCUUCUCUCCUUCAUCGUCAGUCUCCUCGGGACCGCGGGUGGUGAGUGAUAUGCGUCUGGAGAGGAACGGCCUACAGCGAGGGCCGGAAAAUUACAAGAAUGAAUGUAUUUUUCUUAAAAAAGCUCGUAUGCCAGAUAUGAUACGUUAUAAAAAUUUGUAAAAUAUAUUUUCAUUAGUCUGUAUUUCCAAAAAUUGCGAAAAUCACUAAUUCGAUCAAAUAUAUGCGGUCAUCAAAGUGUUAAAUAUAACAAACAAUGAAACUUCAAGUAGAAACAUUCCAAAUUGAAACGAGUCCCAGCUCCUCGUUCUUAUCCCCUCGUUUAAUUAACCAAUCCCAUGCUCAACGAGAGAAAACAUUAGAAAAUUCCGUGUUAUUCGAUGUUCGAAUGUUGAAACGCGAUCGUAGAACGUACGAUGUAAUCGUAUUUUAAUGAAACGAUUGUAAUAAUUAUGCCUGAGAGAAAAAAUUUAGACACGCGAAACUCGUGCCACACACGACACGAUCUUUCUUUACAUUGAGAUUUCACGAAAGAAAAAGAGGAAAACAAAUAAAAAUGUGAAGAAGAUGGAGGGAAAAAGAAGAAGUGUACAAAGCGAACUAUAAUUUUAUACGGAAAUCAGAACGUAAUAAUUUUACUUGAGAUCCGUGAACGUUCAAAUUUUCAUGCGUGACAUUAUUGACUAAUUACUAUAGUAUCGAACGAGCAUUGUUGUAUAAAAAAAAAAAUUCUGACGACUUCUAACUGUCUUCGAGCGACAAAUAAUCCAGAUAUUUCGUUGAUUUUUCUUUUUCUUCACCGGCUUGAUAACAGUAUUUUUCUAGGCAAGAUACUUUUUCUAUUCAAACGAUACAAACGGUAGAAAAAUUUUACGAACUCGAGGGAAAGAAGAAAAUCUAUUUCGAGAGACGUUUUUCUUUUAUAAGGAACAUAUGUAUAUUUGUUCAAAACUGACACGAUUUGUUAUAUUCAAAGGAUCCUUCGUGUUUUAUUUUUAAAAAGUCGAGUCAAGUUUAAGACGUGAAAGAAAUCCAUUUCGUGCAUCGAUUCUAAUUUACUCUCGGUGGAAACGAUUUCGAGCUGAAUAAAAGAAAGGAAGAACGAAAAAAAAAUCAAGAAGAAGAUGUCUUUUUAAUCGUUUGAUAAGGAAGAUGUAUAAAAAACGUUUUCAACUGGCCGUCCUACAUAGAAUAUGGCGAAUGUUAAAUGUAUUAUUUUAAAGCUAUCCUACGUAUUUGCCAUAACUUAUUGAUGCGUGUAAAUUGUAACAGACGAUCGAACGUACUAACGCUAAAAGAAACAAGAGAAACGAAAAGAAAAGGUGUAACGAUAUGUAACACGCAAUAAUUUUGUAGACCUUAUGUUAUAAUAAAACCGAUGUUAAGAAAUAUUGAUUCGAGUAUUGUAAAACGAUGACUUGAAAGGGAACGGGUUAACUGAAGUGGUAAAUCUCGUGAAAAUUUUACUAAAAAAAGCCAGACUUGUAUUUGACGGUUACUUUUACAGUGUCUGCUGCGUGUUAAUUUUAUCUGAUUGUAAUAGAUACGUUAAUGAUGGAAAAUAAGCUAUGCUGAGACAUAUAUAUACACGUCAAUUUAUUUAACGAUCUCACACGAAUUCCCUAUUGCGGUCGCGUUAGUUGUACAAAAUCUUUGUUUCUCUUUCUUUCUUUUCAUUUUAAUUUUUUCUAAACGCCUCUCUGUAUAAUGUAUCGUUUAAAAACGCCAGUAUCUUUGUCGUACAUGUAACAUAGGAGUAAGGAGUAUAUCAUGCCGUAAAAGUGACAAAUGGUAAACGUUUCUAAACCGAGAAAUCAUAUAGUGAUAUAACUACCAUACUCUCAUUCAACCACGAGGAUACUAUCAUAAUUAACUAUGUACAUGACGUUCAUUUCCUCUUCUAACGCGUUUGCUGUUGGAUUUCAUGCAUUUCGAAAAAAUUUCUUCUGCUCUAUGAUUUAUAAUGUUCACUUUAACCCGACAGUGUACAGGUGAACUCAUGGAACAUAAGUAUCCAGCCGGGGUGCUCGUAGAUCCCAGAGAUCGCAUAGAAAAAUCUGUUUUAAUGACUCUGUUUUAAUGACUCUGUAUUAUGAUUAAAAUAUUAACAUUACUUUGUAAGAAUAGACGGUAGUAUGAUUUUCUAGUGGUAAGGAUCUGCAAGACCCCCCACGUAUGCACUGUCGAAUUAAAAGUAAUGUUAUCACAAUAAUGUCCGGAUAGUGGUCACCCAAUCAUCCCCAUUAGAUUCGAGCUCUUGUCAUGAAAAUAAUUUUCAACUAGUUUUUGGAUUACUUUUCUUCAAUUAGAAAACUUAGAAGCAGUGUUUUAAAUGUAUCUCAUUUUAGUCCCCGACACGUCUAAGGCGAGCUGCCCGAAUAGUAGUCACGAUUUAGUCUCAAUCCUGCGACCAUUAUCCGGGCAUUACUGUAAUGGAUCGUGAUUAAUUCUAAAUAGAAAUUAGACGUCCUAUUUUAUCGCUACUUUUAGGUAAAAAAAACUAAAAAAGUCACAUGUAAAUAGUGUGAGAAAUAAUUAAAUUGAACGACAA